AUGCCCACCGCCACCCCUAGCGCCCAGGCUAGAGUCUGCGAAGGUGGUCGAGCUGGGAUCCUCAAGAUCCCCAUGGAUUCACAGCCGCACACGAACAGAAGCCUCGCCCUCGCCCCGCUCGGCCGGCCCAGCCCAGCCGGCAGCCGCGGGAGGCGGGUGGAGCGCACGGGGAGGCGGAGGGCGCAGGUAGCCAAGGAGGCAGCGGCGGCGGCGGCGGCAGUUGGCGGAGGAGCGGAUCGCCGUAGCCUGGCCCCGAUGGGCGAGCUCGAGGCGCGGGAAACGCUUGGGCCCGGCGCGCAGCCCCCCCUGGGCAGGGCCCGCGGCUGCGAGCACCCCCACGCCGGGGCCGGGCGGCGGCGCAGAGCCGUGCGCGCCCUGAGCCGACUGGCCCGGCGCCUCCUGCAAACUUUGCGGGGGGCGCGGCAGCAGCGGCGGCGGCGGGAAGGCGCCGAGGCGGAGGACGACGAAGGCGGUUUUAAGCGCCGGCCGGGGCCGGGGCCGGGGCCCGAGCGCGAGCGCGGCCAAGCAGGCGGCGGCGGGGGCGCCCGGCUGUCGUUGGGCGCUCUGAGCCCACCCCCGGCGGCGGCGGCGGCGGCGGCGGCGGCCAGUUCCGGGGAUCUGCGCCCGCUCACCCCCGGCGCGCAGGGGCUCAAGAACCACGGCAACACGUGCUUCCUAAACGCCGUGGUGCAGUGCCUGAGCCAUACCGAACUGCUCGCCGCCUUCCUCCUGCUGGCAUUGCCCGAUCAGCAAGGGCCGCCCGGACUGGGAUCUGGAACUGCCUCCGGAGAGGUCACGCAACACUUGGCGGCACUAGUUCGCGCCCUCUGGACCCUGGAGUACACGCCGCAGCUCUCCGCAGACUUCAAGAAUGUCGUCUCUAAGUAUGGUGCGCAGUUCCGUGGAAACUCUCAACAUGAUGCCCUGGAAUUCCUACUGUGGCUGCUGGACCGCAUGCACGAAGACUUGUGCUCGGUAUCCCUUAAUCAGAAAGUGAAGUUGUCUGGAAAGCCUCUGCCUGGACAGGAAGAGAGCUCUGGCAGUGAGAGUGCCCAACCAGCUGUCCAGCCUCUCAAGGGCCAGAGCUUUGUGCAGAACCACUUCCAAGCACAGUACAGGUCCUCAUUGACUUGUCCUCACUGUCUAAAGCAGAGCAACACCUUUGACCCCUUUCUGUGCAUCUCGUUGCCCAUCCCCUUGCGUCAGACCAGGCCUUUGAAUGUCACUCUCGUCUUCCAGUCCAAAAGCCAGCGCUUCGUGCGUGUGGGCCUGGCUGUGCCUCUCUUCAGCACUGUGGCAAAGCUGAGGGAAAUGGUUGCGGAGGAAGGCAACAUUUCACCUGACCAGGUGAUCCUGACUGAGCUGGUCCAGUCAGGGUUCCAGUGCUCCUUCUCAGAUGAUGAGGAUCUGAACACCAUUGCAGAAGGUGACAGCAUCUAUGCUUUCCAGGCUCCGCUCUCCUUUAGCAGGGCCAGCGCUUCCCGUCUCUCAGGUUGUCCCCACAGUCUCCCAUCCUCUCCCAACUGUUCUGAGCCAGAAGGCCAGCGUUUGGCCCAUAAUGGCGCCAUUUCUUCAGAGGUGCUGCACCAUUGUGGAGGUGGCAGAGUCCUGCUGCUUGUUUGUAAUGUAGCUGGAACAGGACAGCAAGCUGUGAGGUUUGGCCCUCCACUGCUGAUGCGGGAAGACAGAGCUGUGUCAUGGGAUCAGCUGCAGCAGUGCAUCCUAGGCAAAAUGCGCUAUCUGAUGAAAAGGGAGGCCCAAGUGCAGGCUACUGGGAGUCUGUUUCAGGUGCGAGUGGUUGGUGGCUCUGCACUGUGCAGUUAUCUCUCUCGUCAGGACAGCUGGCCUCUCUACCAUCCAGCUGUGGACAGAGCACUACAGUUCAGUGGCCCUGGUGGACCCACUCAUGUGAAGCUGGUAAUCGAGUGGGAUGUGAACACCAAAGAAUGCUUGUUUGGCAACAUCCAGGAAGAAGUGGUUGAGGAUGCGGAAAGUGUGAGGCUGAAGCAACAGCUUCAUCAACAGCAGCAUAGUUGUACCCUGGACGAAUGCUUCCAGCUCUACACCAAGGAGGAACAGCUGGCCCCUGAUGAUGCCUGGCGCUGUCCUCACUGCCAGGUGCUUCAACAGGGCAUGGUAAAGCUCAGCCUAUGGACGCUACCUGAUAUCCUCGUCAUCCACCUGAAACGGUUCCGGCAGGUGGGCGAGCAGCGCCACAAGCUCUCCACGCUGGUGCACUUCCCCCUGCGUGGACUUGACAUGGCUCCCCAUGUGGCCAAGCGCAGCCGUGGCAGCAAGUGGGGCACUUGGAAACACCCCACACUGGAAGGUGGCCAGUGUAACUUCCUCUAUGACCUGUACGCCGUCUGCAAUCAUCAUGGCAGCAUGCAGGGAGGGCAUUAUACAGCUUACUGCCGCAACACCUUGGAUGGCCACUGGUACAGCUAUGAUGACAGCACCGUGGAGCCAGUCUUGGAAGAAGAAGUCAGCACACGUGGUGCCUACAUCCUCUUCUACCAGAGACGCAGUGUGGUUCCAAGCUGGUCUGGGGGAAGCUCUGUUAGAGGGUCCACCAGCUCCUCCGUCUCCGAGCACUGGCUAGCAAGGUUCAGCGGAAGCAACAAGCGAGAGAGCCUGGUGUCCCGGAGUUCUGCUAUGUGCCCAUCUCUGCCAAAAACGCCUGACUCGCCCACCCUCGCUAAUGCCAGCACCAGCCAGGAGAAAGGUGGCUUUGAGUCGCGCCCCCUGGUGCGGGGCGUCCAGGGCAGGAGCGUCAGCCUGAAAGCUUCCCCUUGUAAGGUCAAGCUGGGCAUCCCAAAGCCAAUGCCUUCGCGUUGGUCCUUCACCUCCAAAGAUUGGCCAGCAGAGCCCUCUGGGGAGCUCGUGGAAUACCUGGAGUCUGGCCGCAGACCUCGGUUCACAAAUGAGUCCAUUGUACCUCUCAUGACUAAGGAAGGGGAGGACAAUGGGCCUUCGCUCGCCAGAGCCAAGCCAAACACUUCACUAACAGGCAUGGGUACCGUUGAGAGCACCGGGAAAGAACCCACUGCCAUGGAAAACACGAGCACCCUGAAAAGGGCAGGGAAGCCAAAGGAGGAUGUAGGUGAGCAGCCACGGACACCCAAGAAACUGGUGCUUUCUCUCGGCACAGUACCUCCAAUAAAGGACGAGGAACCCAAGGGCAAAGCAAACGUCAAUGGGACCUUGCGCACUGGAACAAACCUCCCUCCAUCCAGUUCUCAACCUAAAAGCAGGGGUGUCCAGGACCCAAAGGUCAUGCCCUGUGUUGCAGUGAGGGAGCCUGAGGGUGAGAGGCAGCCAGAGGGAAAGCUGGCUGUCUUCAGAGUUGGCUUCCUACGGCGGGACCCCAAGCGGCACAGUGAGUCUGAUAGGCACGGCGUCAUGCCACCCGCCAUAGCGUCCUCCCGGGCAUCUCUCUCCAAUGGAACACUGAGUUCUAUCACUGAGAGCAGGGCAAACAGUGCCUUGGGCCGCAGCUCCACAGAAGGGCUGCCCAAUGGGAGGAUCUGCCGUUCUGAAUUGGACAUCAAGCGUGCUCAGAGCUCCUGCAGCAACAAGGGACGGAGUGACUGGUUGCUGAACAGAUCAACUUCCCUCUCCAAGGCACACAACAGUGUGUCCUUGCAGGGUUGCACGCCACCACUAGCUCUAGAGGGGGUUUCUUGUGGCACAUUUCAGCGGGCAAGGUAUCACACAGCCUCCCUGGGCAGAAGAAUAGCUGUACCAGAAUCCAGCUUCUGAACUAGUCUUUGGUUCCACCUGGAAAUAUGGAAAGAAUGCCAACCCUUGGUGCUUGUAAGGUCUCAGGGCCUUUGGAUAAGAUCUGUUGAUUGCUGAAAAGCUUGGCUGGUGCUUGCUUUACAAAGGUUUUUCUUUCAAUCAGCAGUUAUCAAACCCAAGACAUGCCACGUGGCGCCAUUGCCUCGUCUGGGAAAGAAGAUGCAACAGUGACCUUGUGGACCAUGGGAUUAGAAUGGGGGCGGGGGGAAGAGAGAGAUCAGAUGGGAGAGUAUUAGACUUAAAGUAUUUAUUCUACAGAGAGAUAGUUUAACUGAUACUGAUGUGAGAGGAUGUGCUGUUCUGUGGCAGCGGUUAUUUUGGUACCAGGUUGUGGGGAGGGAAAUAACAGGGGAGAAUCUAAACAUUGCUCUAUGCAAUAAUCCCAGCUUUUCUAUUUUCUGCAGACCUUUCAGUUUUACAGAUCUAUUUGUUAUUAAAAAUGU